UGGAGUGUCCCGAAUGUUAUGAAUUAAAGAAUUCUAAUUUGCGAGUACUUAUAUAGUUUUUCCCUGUCUCUCUGUAGAUACAAUGUUAUAUGUUAUUUGUAGUUUGCGUGUUUUACCUGUAGAUGGUGAUACCGAUUUCCGUGCGUAAUUUGAUAGUUGCUUAGGAAUUUGUCUGCUAUGAUAAUUGUGUGAUGUACUUCUGAUUUUAAAAGAACUGAUAGCUUUAUCGAAAUUUUGAAUUGUAUUUUUCAUUUAAAAUACGUCUAGUGAUUGAUAGGUACGAUAAUGUUUAAAAGAAGACUUGAAGCUUUAGGUUAUAUGGAAUGGAAUAAAAUAAACGUUAAAGACCCUCAACAUUUCCGUAAAGUAAUUGUCUGGUUGGAAGAUCAGAAGAUACGCCAGUAUGACAUACAAGAUCGAAAAGAGUUACGUGAUUUGAAGAGCGACACAUGGCCGAAGACUUUUGCAAAGUAUCGCGAAGCUGUUGGAUGUCCAGUUUCUAGUAGUAACUUGGAUCAGCUCGAGUGGUUACUUGGAUAUGCGAUCUGGUUGGAAGCUGAAAACAAUAGUGAGGAAUAUUCGGAAAAUAUAAAAGAAAUGAAACUAAAAGUGAAAAAAGAAGCCAUGGUACCAAAGCUUAAAUCCAAAAAUCCGCUUGACAAUUUAGAUUUUGACAGCACUGAAUUCAAGAAAGGAGUAUAUUCCAUGGCAAAACUACUUAGAAUUCCGGAGCAUCCUAACCAUUUGGUUACACUGAAAGCCUGCAGUAAAAUGGUCCAAAGGAGAUUAAAUGCUGAAUGUUUGCGAAAUCCAAACCCUAAAAUUAUUAAAGGGAAACCAUUCCCCAUAAUGGAUAUUGCCCCCGGUUUUCAACUGAGCAAACCUUCUAUCGAAAACGCAGCUAAAAUCCUUGCUCUCCUUUAUAUUCAGGACAUCAGAAAUCUUCAAACGAAAAUUAACGAAGUUAUUGUUCGUGUACAAAAUAUUACUGCAAAUCCUAAGACAGACACUAAGCUAGGAAAGGUUGGAAAAUAGAUUACCGAAAGGACUGAUAUUAAGCAGCUUAAAAAUAUUUUGUUAAAAACGAACUCGCAAAUAUUAUAUAUGAUUUAAAUUAACGGUGAAACAACAGUAGUAGUUACUAAUUUAUUUUCUACGAAGCAUGUAAACAAUAAAGAAGCAAUUGAU